UUAAGCAAGUAUUCUAUUUUCGUAUCAGUUUGACCGCACACUGCGUAUUACAGUGCAUUCAGUGUAUAACUAUAUAGUGAUUUAAGCAGCCUCAUAUUCUGUGACGACACUCUGAAGUCUUUGAACUGUAUGAAUAUAAUCUGCGUACAUUGUUUCAUAUUAUAUUCGGAACGGUUGAACAUUCUUAAUACUUUCGCCGGAGUGGAAUAGGGAGAAAAGGAAAGAAUAGUGAAGGAUUUUCACAAUGAAGAAAACUAUUGCUGGAUACCUCUGUUGCAUCAUAGUCUUCAUAUCAGGUGCGAACAGUGCCCUUUUAAAUGAUACAAUUAGUACCCCCUCGUCGAGUGUACCAUCGUCUAAUAAUAAUAAAACAAGCGGUCCUUUAAUAGCAUUAAGUACAACUUCUGUACCGACAACUACUAUUAGCACUACAACAGAAAUUGUAAAAACUACAACAGAUAAUGUAAACCCCACUACCAAAAUUCCUCCUGUAGAUCCUAAGCCAUAUAAAUGGAUUGUAAAUGGAACAAACAGUACUAUUAUUAUACAAAUGGCUGUAAGAUUAAUCAUUGUAUAUCAAAAUAGUACAACUAAACAGAAUGUUUCUGUGCAAAUAGAUCUUCCAGCAAAUAAUAAUACAAAAGCAGAUGGUAAUUUUACUAAGUCUGAUGAGACAUUAACACUCUCUUGGAAAUCUAGUAAUCAAUUAAACAAUAGUUAUCUACAACUUCAUUUCAAACGUUCAGCGAAUACAUAUGCACUCAAUAAUUUAGAAGUUUCAAUAAAUUCGAAAGAAAUACCAAAUGCUGCAUUAAAUUCGACAUUAAAACUUGUGCAUAGAGGCGAACAUUUUAAUACUUCUAUUGGAAAUUCAUAUCGAUGUGUUAGGCUGCAAACUUUCAAUUUAACACAGACAAAUGGUAGUGCAAUCACUGGAUUCCUGAAAGUAACUGAUCUUCAAUUUGAGGCUUUUAAAACUGAUAAAAAAACAACUUUCGGUCUUGCUGAAGACUGUGCAUUUGAUACACCUGAUAUUGUACCAAUAGCAGUAGGCUGUGUUCUAGCAGGUCUAGUAAUAAUUGUGUUGGCUGCAUAUCUCAUAAGUCGUAGACGCAGUGAAGCUAGAGGUUACCUCAGAAGUAAUUUGGACUAAAACCAUAAAGAAGUGGAAUUGUAAAUUAAUUUAAGCAAAAAA